AUGGUUCAACAUUGUGCAGGGCUUCCAUUAGCCAUUGUUGUAUUGGGAGGAAUUUUGGCUACAAAGAAUAAUUCAUUAAACGAAUGGCGAAAGAUAUCUGACAAUGUAAAAUCAUAUUUGAAGAAAAGCAAAAAUCAAAGACCAGACGAUGUGUUAGCAUCAAGUAUUGCGUCAUCAAAGCAAAAAGAAAGAGAUGGUGGGGAAAUUGCGGAAGAUGUGGCGGAAUCUUAUUUAAUGGAGCUUGUGGAAAGUUCAAAUAUUCGGUCACUUUUGUUCUUCAAUGAGUUCUUUCCGGAGGAGGCAUUAGAAAAAUCUUUGCCCUUGGAAGUGUUGAAUUACGUUAAAGAACAUGAAGAUGAAGUUUGUAAUCCACUUGUUUGUAUUUUUAUGAUUUCGCGAGCUGGUACGAGCUGUCUUAAAGCUCGGGGAAUUUGGAGAUACAUGUUCAACAACUUCAAAUUGCUAAGAGCCCUAAACUAUGAGAUAACAAGAGGUGAUCAUUCUGUAGGGUUUAAGUUACCCAGCGAUAUAGGUAAUCUCAUCCAUUUAAGAUUCUUGAGUUUAAAGGAUCUUAAGUUCUCAUGGAUAAAGUUGCCAUCAUCUCUAGGCAACUUAAGAUGCUUGCAAACCUUGGAUUUAAGAGUUGGGAAUUACGAAAUUCAUGUACUUAAUGUGAUAUGGAGGAUGGAGCAACUAAGACAUUUAUAUCUCCCUUUCAUGUGUAAAAGCAGAACUAAGUUGAUGUUGGGUACUUUGAGAAAACUCCUAACACUUGUGAACUUCAACACCAAGAAUUAUUAUCUGAAGGAUCUUAUCAACAUGACAAAUCUUAGAGAGUUGGGGAUAAAUUUCCCCUUCAAUUUUGAAAAUUUCAAUGAGAAGGAGCUGGGCGAGAAUCCAUUCAUAAUCCGAAGCAAAUAUCUUCAUUCCUUGUCUAUUAUUACCCAGUGGCUAAUCUUAUCAAUAGAUCCAAGACAUUUGGCCCACCUCCUUUCAAGUUGUACAAGUAUUUGCAAGUUGAGUAUAAAUUAUGCAAGGAUAAGUAAGUUACCGGAGUAUCACUACUUCUCUUCACAUCUCGCUUACAUACGGUUGCUAGGGUGCGAGUUUAAGGAAGAUCCAAUACGAACACUAGAGAAGCUGCCUAACUUAAGGAUUCUUGAAUUCGAAAGUUCUUUCGAAGGAAAGGAAAUGUUUUGCUCUGCUCAGGGUUUUCCUAAACUUGAGUCUCUAAUCCUUGGGGCGUACUACAAUUUGGAGGAGUGGAAGAUGGAUGAAGGAGCCAUGCCUUCUCUUUAGUGAUUGGAGAUCAGGCGUUGCCCAACAUUGAAGAUGCUUCCAGAGGGAUUGAGGUUCAUUACAACCCUCAAAGAACUGAAGAUUGAAUCAAUGCCAAAGGCAUUCAAAGAUAGAUUGGAGGAAGGAGGAGAAGAUUUCUACAAAGUCAAACAUGUUCCCUCUAUCAUAUUCCAAAACUGUGGCUAAUAGAUUGAAUG